CGGCUCCCGGCUCGGCCGCGCAGGGAGUGGCAGGGCGGCUGCCGGCCGGGCUGGAUCCUGCGGGGCACCGAGCCCCCUGCCCCGCUCCGCGGGCAGCCCAGGGUGUGUGACCAUGGAAGAAGAGGUGCACCAUCAAGAAGCCUGAGCAGUGACACUGGGACAGCUCUGCAGACACUGGCAGCAGCAGCCUGAGAUACAGGAGAGCAAUCAUGCUGAAACCAAGUGGACUUAAAAUCCCGGGCAGGGCUGGGAAGCACUCCAGCCCCGUGGGACGGGCAGCAGGGACCAGCACAGCCGCUGCCACCACUGGCUCCAAAGAAGGCUCACCUUUACACAAGCAGGGUACCACAUCCACCACCAGCGCCGAGAAGUCGGCUUCGAAGGUCGCCGAGGUGGGCGAUGAUUUCCUGGGAGACUUCGUGGUGGGCGAACGUGUCUGGGUGAAUGGAGUGAAGCCAGGAGUGAUCCAGUACCUUGGGGAAACGCAGUUUGCUCCAGGCCAGUGGGCAGGGGUUGUUCUGGAUGACCCGGUGGGUAAGAAUGACGGCUCUGUGGGAGGAGUGCGCUACUUCGAGUGCCAGCCGCUGCAGGGGAUUUUUACGCGACCGUCCAAGCUGACGCGGCAGCCGGUGGCCGAGGGCUCCGGGAGCGACGCCCCCUCCGUGGACUCCCUGACGGCUCAGAACUUGUCACUGCACUCGGGGACGGCCACGCCGCCUCUGUCCACUCGCGUGAUCCCGCUGAGGGAGAGCGUCCUCAACAGCGCCAUGAAAACGGGCAACGAGUCCGGAUCCAACCUGUCGGACAGCGGGUCGGUGAAGAAAGGGGAGAAGGACCUGAGGCUUGGGGAUCGUGUGCUGGUCGGUGGCACAAAGACAGGAGUGGUGCGCUACGUGGGAGAGACGGACUUUGCCAAAGGAGAGUGGUGCGGAGUGGAGCUGGACGAGCCCCUGGGCAAGAACGACGGCGCGGUUGCUGGCACAAGGUAUUUUCAGUGCCCACCCAAGUUUGGCCUCUUUGCUCCCAUCCACAAGGUGAUCCGCAUCGGGUUCCCAUCAACCAGCCCUGCCAAGGCAAAGAAGAGCAAGAGGAUGGCCAUGGGGGUGUCAGCCCUGACCCACAGCCCCAGCAGCUCCUCCAUCAGCUCCGUCAGCUCCGUGGCCUCCUCGGUCGGGGGCAGGCCCAGCCGCAGUGGGCUGCUGACAGAGACCUCGUCCCGCUAUGCCAGGAAGAUCUCUGGCACCACAGCCCUGCAGGAGGCCCUGAAGGAGAAGCAGCAGCACAUUGAGCAGCUGCUGGCAGAGCGGGACCUGGAGCGGGCCGAGGUGGCCAAAGCCACCAGCCACAUCUGCGAGGUGGAGAAGGAGAUCGCCAUCAUGAAGGCCCAGCACGAGCAGUAUGUCACAGAGGCAGAAGGAAACCUGCAGCGAGCACGAGCCUUGGUGGAUGGGAUGCAGAAGGAGAAGAUUGAGCUUCUGAACCAGCUGGAAGAGGAGAAGAGGAAAGUGGAGGACUUGCAGUUCCGUGUGGAGGAAGAAUCCAUUACAAAAGGGGACCUGGAGCUGACCACGGUGGCGGAGCAGUCCCGGAUCCUGCAGCUGGAGGAGGAGCUGAGCCUGCGGCGCAGCGAGGUGGACGAGCUGCGGCAGUGCCUGCAGAGCUCCCAGCCCGCGGAGAGCCCCGAGCACAGCCUGGGGCUGCACUCCGAGGCUCUGCGGCUGCGGGACCAGCUGCUGUCUGUCAACAAGGAGCACCAGAAGGAGAGCAGCCAGCUGAAGGAGAAGUAUGAGAAGACGCUGAAGAAGUACCAGCAGGAGAUGGAGAAGCUGAAGUCUGUCAAUGAGAAGUACUCGCAGGAGAUCGUUGACCUAAAGCAUAAAGUUCAGCAAGCCACUAACGAGAACAUGGGGCUCAUGGACAACUGGAAGUCCAAGUUGGACACGUUGGCUUCUGACCACCAGAAGUCUCUAGAGGACCUGAAAGCCACGCUCAACUCAGGCCCUGAUAGCCAGCACAAGGAGAUUGUGGAGCUGAAGGCAGUUGUGGAGAGCAUAAAGCUGGAGCACCAGCUUGAGCUGGAGAACCUGAAAGCAAAGCACGACAUUGAGACAGCUGUCCAUAUAAAGGAGAAAGAGAGCCUCAAGCUGAAGCUGCAGGAGGCUUUGGAUGAAGUGGAAAAAAGCAACAGCAACUGGAAAAUGCAACUGGAAACCAAAAGCAGUCAGCACCUUCUGGAGCUCCAAGAUGUGAAGGACAAGUGUCGAGAUGCUGAGCUGAGGGUGCAUGAACUGGAGAAACUUCAUGGUGAAUACACAGAUCAGACACAAGCAAUAGCUUUCUUGAAAGAGCAGAUAUCUCUGGCUGAAAAGAAGAUGUUGGACUAUGAAACAUUACAGAAAACAGAAGCCCACAGCAAACAGGAAAUCCAAAGAUUGCAGGAAAAAGUGCUUGUCUUAGAGAACAAGCUGCAGUCCAUGGAGGCCCUACAUCCUUCUCAGCAUGCAAAUAUGAUUGAGACGAAUGAUAUUUCAGAAGAAAAGAUAAAGAUGAAGCAGACUAUGGAAGACCUCCAGGACAAACUGAGUAAAAGAGACAAAGAGGUGUCAUCCCUGGUCACCCAGACUGAAACUCUAAGGGCCCAAGUAAGUGCUUUGGAAAAUAAAUGCAAAACAGCAGAAAAGAAGGCUGAUUCGGUGCUCAAAGAAAAGAAGAGGUUGGAAGGAGAACUGGAAGCCUUGACCAAGAAAACACAUGAUGCCUCAGGGCAGCUGGUCCUGAUCAGCCAGGAGCUGCUCAAGAAGGAAAGGAGCCUGAACGAGCUGCGGGCGCUGCUGCUGGAGGCGAACCGGCACUCGCCGGGGCCCGAGCGCGACCUGAGCCGCGAGGUGCACAAGGCCGAGUGGCGCCUGAAGGAGCAGAAGCUCAAGGAUGACAUCAAGGGCCUUCGAGAGAAGCUGGUCGUGCUGGACAAGGAGAAGUCGGCGCCGGAGCAGCGGCGGUACUCGCUGAUCGACCCCUCCUCGGAGUCAGAGGUGAUCCGGCUGCAGCACCGGCUCGUCAGCACCGAGGACGUGCUGCGCAACGCCCUGGAGCACGGGCACCAGAUGGAGAAGCUCAUGGAAGCCAUGAGGCUCUCCUCUGAGAAAACACAGACUGUUGGAAAUUCUGGGUCUGCUAACGGGAUUCACCAGCAGGAUAAAUCCCACAAGCAAGAGGAGAAGCUCUGAUAGAGAAGAGGUGGAAAGGACCAUUUCAUGCCAGUAUCAGCUCCUCUGCACAGUCAG